AUGGCUUCCAGGUGGAAUCGUUCAAACUGGGAAUCGCCCAGCUCCAACAAGCAGAACCUCGCAACCUCUCCCAAGCGUGGUUCAGGUUCCCCUGGCGCCCAGGAUGCCGUGCAUAUCUGGCAACCUGGAGAGAUUGCAUUUCUCAAGAGCCACCUGGUAUUCGACAAGGAUGAGCAAAAGUCCCUGAUUACCUCGCGGUAUCUUGAGAUGGGUGCCACCGGCCACCCAGUCGUCGUCCUGCGCAUGUCUCCCAACAAAACACAUGCUGCUAUCACCACGGCCAGCUCCUACCAUGCCGAUGGUGCGAACGGCAAGCAUAUCCCGCCUUGGUUGCAGUCCAAUCACACAACCAAGCAGGAUAAAGACUUCCGCGCGUUCGAGGGCUCAGAGCUGCCGCCCAGCGACGUGAAGCGCCCUGCACUCCAGCUCGAGGACGGCAAAUUCAUGCCCAAGAAGAACGCCUGCUGGAUUUAUGUGCGCAACAUGUGGGUCGUCCCGGUCACCGUGCUCGGGUCCUUUGACCAGACGCCGGACAUCCUUCGCCUCACCGACGACGCGAGGCUCGAUCUCCUUGCGCACAUGGAGAAGCGGAGUGCCGGCACGUUCGCCAAGGUCAUGGAGGGAGUGGACUUGGAGUACAUACCGGUCAACACCAGGAACCUCCCGGUGAACGACCCAAGUCCAGAUCCCAGACCCAGACGGCAGUAUCACGCUGUCCGAGGCAGCCCGGCACCUCUCGGAUCGCGAGGACAAGGCUGGCCCCCCGCCACCAACACGGCCCAGCCUGCAUCUGCCAGUUCGUCGACAAGUCUCUCAUGGCGGCGAAGCCCAGGACAGCCGUCCGCUACCGACAGGCCCCAGCCUGCGCCGGCGGCUCUCGAAUGGCGGCGGCCAAGCCAACCGGCCGCCUCCAUGGGCGCCCAGCCUGCACCGGUGACUCUCGAAUGGCGACGGCCAAACCAACCGGCCGCCUCCAUGAGCACCCAGCCUGCACCGGUCAGCAAUGACAAGCCUUCUGCCUCCCCGCAAUUAACAGCUCCAAGGAGGUGGGCAGAUGCGGCCACUGCAGGCUCUGGGGCAUCGUCUCGCAGAGAUGGCUGGCGGCGAAAGGGCCCAGAGGCCGAGGAUCGUUGGAAACGGAGGAGCUGA